GUUUACACUUUGCAGAACGAUUGUUUUGAUUCCGAUACCUUGUGUGAUCCAUUGUUUUCGUUCGGAAAUUCGGUUCGGAAAUGUCCGAUUACAGCAAGGCAAAGACGAGCAAACUUGUCCUGAAGGGCGAAAGUUCAAAAGGCACCAAACGGAAGCACAAGAAACACAAGAAGGAAAAGGACGCCAAACGGGCGCUGGUGGUCGAUACCGAUGCCGUCAAGCACGGCGGUUGGUGGAUGGUAAAAAAGACGACCGAAAUCACGGGCUCCAUCGCGCUACAGUUCGAUAAGCAGGCGUACAUCAAAGCCCUCGACAAUGGGCUGUUCACGCUUGGAGCGCCACACAACGAAGGCGACCCGCCGGAUCCGGAGGAAAUUUUGAGUGCGGUGCUGAUCAACGAGGACAAAGUGGCGUUCAAGUCGGGCUACGGAAAGUAUCUGAAGGUGGAAAAGGACGGUAUGAUCACGGGACGCUCGGAUGCCGUGUCGGCGCUGGAACAGUUCGAACCGGUGUUCGAGCAGGGCAAGACGGCACUGUUGGCGGCCAACGGGUGCUUCGUAUCGGUCGACCCGGAGGACGACGCGCUGGUGGCCAUCAAGAAGAAGGUUGGCAACGAAGAAGUCUGCGUGAUUCGGAGCUGCAUCGAUCGGGAGAACAUAUCCAGCAAGGAAGUGCCGGUGGAAGAAUCGGGAGAUCUGGACCAGGUCGAAAUUAAUUUUGUGAAAAAGUUUCAAAAGUUUCAAGACAAAAAGCUGCUCGUCAGCAAGGAGGACAAAGUGGUGCUCAAAAAGGCCAAGGAUGACGGUACGCUGCACGAGGAGCUGCUGAAUCGUCGGAGCAAAAUGAAGGCCGAUCGGUACUGCAAGUAAAGCGGACAGUACCGGCAGACCCGAUACUUCAUACCCAGAAUUCAAA